AUGAUUUAUACAAUAGUGCAUGCAAAUAACAGUAACACUAUUCUAAACGGAGCACAAAUAAACAAGUACAGCAACGGAGAGCACAGCACGAUUGACCUGAAUAGCAAGACAGUGCUUGUAUUUGACAACUAUGUGGUAACAGAAAACAAAGAAAUACUGAAAAUAGAGGGGAACAGCGUAAAAUUAAUAAGUAGAGCUGCAAAAACACCCACAAAGAUAGUAGUUGACAAAGAUUCUAUGUACAUUGCAGACCGGUUGGGGUCUGUUUACAGAUUAGACAAUCUGAGCAGUCUUUCUGCAAAUCCAGCAGAAAACAUCCCUGUCUAUUUGUUUGGGUCUAUUUCCAUGAUAACAGACAUGAAAAUAGCAGACACAUCGAUUAUCACGAUAGAUAAAGACAAUAAAAUCAGAAUCACAGACAAAAGCCAUCCCUACAGAAUCAAAAAGUUCGUGCUGGUCCAUAGUAAGCCACUGGUAUCAGUGGAGAUGUUCAAAGAGUACAUCGUAGCAGGAGGGUACGACUGGUACAUUUCUUUCUACAAUACAGAAACAGGAAGAACCGCAAUAUUUGACCUAGUGGAAAAAGAAAUAAAAGAAAUAGGAGACACCCUGCCAGGCGUAGAAAAUCCAAAAAGCAUAUCAAACAUAAACUUGGAGGCAGAGUGCAGAGUGCGAAAGAUCCUUUCAUUUGAGAACACAAUUCUAAUCAUAACAAAUGAAGCUCCUUUGCUCCUAAGCGUAGACAGUAUAGAAGAUUUAUCGAUCACCUGUAAAGAAAUAGAAAAUCUAUCAGACAGUUUUAUUGUAGAUGGAACAGCCACUGCAGACGGCUAUGAGAUAAUAGACAAAACAGGGCGAUUAUUUAAACUUGCACCAAGCAGCCCAAAGCCAGUUAGAAAGCUGAUAGUUCCCAACUACGCAAAUGAAGUAGAUGUUUCAAUAGCCAACAAGUAUUUUGACUGA